AUGGCACGCAACCACGGAAAUGCCCUACUGACUGUGAAAAAAUGCAUCGCGGAUGCAGAUGAAACUUCAAAGAAGUCUCAUUUUGGAUUUUUCAAUCCCGUGUCUGCCAUCAAAUUACGCCUCCGAGAUAUUUCCACCGCUGACCGUGAAAAAUUGAGCGCUGUCAAUGCAUCUCCGCCAAAAACCAUCCCAGCUCGUUGCUACUACCUUCAGCUGCCUCGACUGCUUCUGCUUCACCUCACUGUCAUCAGUCACAACCCCGAUAACGGAACCACUAGGAUUAAGCUGCCAUCAGGAUCCAAGAAGAUUGUUCCCAUUGGGUGUCGUGCCAUGAUUGGUCAAGUAGCUGGAGGAGGACGUACUGAGAAGCCAAUGCUUAAGGCCGAUAAUGCAUACCACAAGUACCGGGUAAAGAGGAACUGCUAG